CGUAAAUCCCUUCGCUCCGCAAACUUCGCAUACUGGUUCCAUCGUCUCCUUUGUGUUGUGUUUGUGCUUUGCGUUGCGUUAGAUUUUUAGUCUUCUCCUUUUCCCGUCGGUUCAUUGCGCUGAGAGAGGAAAAAGCUUGGAGGCUCCUGAAACUUGGUCACCUUUCUUCCCCCAUCCAUCCUUCUCGGUUUCCAUCUUCGCCGGUGGUGUUUGCGCCACUGUCCGUCCGUCUGCCGCCGACUUUUUGCUUAUUGCCGUGACCUUCGUUUCCUCUCUUCUCUACCUCCUCAACUGAUGAUGUCGCGGGUCUGGGAGAGCCGUGUCUCGCUUUCUUCUUCUCCUAUGUGAUCGUGUGAUGUGCAGGACUGAAGUGAGGAAGGACACUAUAUUUGACAAUUAGAAGAAUGACAAUCAAGGAUCAGAAGAUAUUUUGGCUAAGGGACCAAAUCAGGGAGUAGCUUUGAAGGACCAAAGUAAGUGAAACACACUGUUUUGGUGGCUGGAUCAGAGGACCUGACUUUAUUCUUCGGAUCCACUUAUCAUCUUCUAGGAUAUCAGGGAUUUCGGAUUCUCACCUUCUUUGACUUCUAUGUUUUCUUUCCAGGAUUUGGUAUUUGAUAUUAUUUCACUGCAACUGUUGAUUUCGUUUAAGAAUUAGCAGAAUAAUUCUGCCAUGGCUGCAACCCUUCAUGCAUCUCCUAUGGUUUCGGCUUGCCCACCUUCAACUCCAACAAUCCACAAGGAAUUCAAAGCCAUGGCUAAAAACCCACAUAUUUUGCUGCUUGAAAAUUGCAAAACCAUGAAGGAACUUCAACAACUUCACUGUGAUAUAAUGAAGAAUGGUCUCUGUCACAAAGCUUCUUACAUUAACAAGCUAAUUUCCGCUUGUGUCGAAAUGGGUACUUAUGAGAGCUUGUCCUAUGCUCGAAGUGCUAUCGAAUCCUUCAAUGAGGACCAAGGUACCAUCGGUUCGUUGUUCAUGUACAAUUCUUUGUUAAGAGGCUAUGCUUUCAGUGGGCUCUGUGACGAAGCAAUCCUACUGUACAAUGAAAUUGUAGUCUUGGGCAUUGAGCCUGAUAAGUACACCUUCCCGUUUUUACUCAGUGCAUGCUCAAAAGCCAUGGCGAUUUCUGAGGGCAGUCAAGUUCAUGGGGUAGUUAUCAAGAUGGGUUUAGAGAAAGAUUUGUUUGUCAGGAACUCUUUGAUACAUCUGUAUGCAGAAUGUGGGAAGAUUGAGUUAGGACGAAAGGUGUUUGAUAAAAUGAUUGAGAGAAAUGUCGUGUCAUGGACUAGCUUGAUCAAUGGUUAUGCUGGGUGGGGCUUGGCAAAAGAGGCAGUUUCUCUGUUCUUUGAGAUGGUUGAGGCUGGUGUUGAGCCUAACUCGGUGACCAUGGCAUGUGUUAUUUCUGCUUGUGCAAAGUUGAAGGAUUUAGGAUUAGGUAAAAGAGUAUGUGCCUAUAUUGAUGAGUUGGAUGUGAAGUUUAAUACCCACAUGGUAAAUGCACUUGUUGAUAUGUACAUGAAGUGUGGAGAUAUAGGAGCUGCAGAGCAACUUUUUGAUCAAUGUGAUGAUAAAAAUUUGGUUCUCUACAACACUAUCAUUUCAAAUUAUAUUCACCAUGGGAUGGCCAGAGAAGCACAAGUAGUAAUCCAUGACAUGCUGCAACUAGGACUGAGACCAGAUAGGGUGACAUUGUUAUCGGCAAUUGCAGCCUGUGCACAGUUAGGUGAUCUGUCUGCUGGAAAAUCAUCCCAUGCUUAUGUCUUAAGGCAUGGCCUUGAAGGUUGGGACAGCAUAAGCAAUACCAUUAUUGACAUGUAUAUGAAAUGUGGCGAAAGAGAAGCAGCUUGCAGAGUUUUUGAGCCUAUGCCAAACAAGACAGUGGUAUCGUGGAACACCUUAAUAGCAGGUUCUAUUAGAGAUGGUGAUUUGGAACUAGCUUGGAGAACCUUUGAUGAGCUACCAACAAGGGACCUUGUAUCUUGGAACACCAUGAUUGGUGCCCUGGUUCAGGAGGGCAUGUUUGAGGAAGCAAUUAAGCUGUUCCGUGAGAUGCAGAACAAUGGGAUGAAACCAGAUAGGGUGACAAUGGUGGGUAUUGCAUCUGCCUGUGGGUAUUUAGGAGCUUUUGAUCUUGCCAAGUGGGUCUAUACAUACAUUAGGAGAAAUAGCAUUGAUAUUGACUUGCAGCUAGGUACAGCUUUGGUUGAUAUGUUUUCAAGGUGUGGUGAUUCGAGAAGUGCUAUGCAUGUUUUCAGUAAAAUGGACAAACAAGAUGUGUCUGCUUGGACAGCUGCCAUUGGAGCAAUGGCUACGGAGGGAAAUGCUGAAGGGGCUAUUGAGAUUUUUGACGAAAUGCUCAAACAAGGGGUGAAACCAGAUGAGGUUGUUUUUGUGGUACUAUUAACAGCAUGUAGCCAUGGUGGCUCUGUGUUGAAAGGGAGGCAAAUUCUUAAUUCAAUGAAGGAAACUCAUGGAAUCUGUCCUCAGGUUGUUCACUAUGGUUGCAUGGUUGAUUUACUCGGGAGAGCUGGGUUUCUUGAAGAAGCUCUUGAUCUCAUCCAACGGAUGCCAAUGGAACCUAAUGAUGUGAUCUGGGCCUCUCUUCUUGCUGCUUGCAGGAUGCACAAAAAUGUUGAAUUAGCACAAUAUGCAGCUGAUAAGAUAACUAAAUUGGCCCCUGAAAAACCAGGGGUUCAUGUGUUACUGUCAAACACAUAUGCCUUUGCAAGGAAAUGGGAUGACGUUGCGAAAGUUAGGCUGCAAUUGAAGGAAAAAGGGGUUCUGAAAGUGCCUGGAUUAAGUUCAAUAGAGGUUAAUGGAAUGAUUCACGAGUUCAUAUCUGAUGAUCAAUCACACCCAGAAAAAUUAAACAUUGAUUUAAUGCUAAAGGAAAUAAACUGCAAGCUAGGUGAGGCAGGGUAUGUUCCAGAUGUAACCAAUGUAUUGAUAGAUGUUGAUUUAAGGGAAAAAGAGAAAUUGCUUAGUAGGCACAGUGAGAAACUAGCCAUGGCUUUUGGAUUGAUCACCACCAGUGCAGGUAUGCCUAUAAGGGUAAUUAAGAAUCUUAGGAUGUGCUCUGAUUGUCACUCAUUCGCAAAAUUAGUAUCAAAACUGUACGAAAGGGAAAUCACUGUCAGAGAUAAUAAUAGGUAUCACAUUUUCAAGCAAGGAUUUUGUUCUUGUGGAGAUUAUUGGUAAUAGUGUUACAAAGAGGAUUUUUACCCCCAAAAAAAAAAAGGAUUAGAAAGAGGAGUUUUGAUAUCUGAUACUCCAAUUCAACUUCCUGCGUGGCCAAUUUCAGCUAAAUAAGCUCCAAGCCAUACAGAGAACUAAGGGGAUCACGGAAGGAGAUGUCUUUUGCUAUACAAAAGAAAAAAUACAUAAAGAUUUUGCUAAAUCAUGGACAGCCGUCAAACAAAAUGGCUUCAGGAUUAACCUUCUAAUGUUUGAAAAAUGGAAUCAGCAUAAGCAUUCAGAUCCUCCUUCCGGAGUUUAGCAAUAUGAAGAUGAGAUGAGGUCUUCCGAUGGACUUCUUCAAUGAGUCCUGUGCUGGCUUCAGCUUUGCAAGGCUGAAUGAGGUUUUCUCGGGGCUUAUAUUCAUCCUCACUGUCAAUUCUCAACUGGUCUCACUGCUUAAGGAGAAUAUUUAUGAGGUAAUGAAGGGGCUGACCAUGUAAUUGCUUUAGGGAUCCGCCUAAUCCCAUCCAUGAGGUAUAGGAAGUGAUAAAGCGACGGCGUCUUGGGAUUGGAAUCUGCUUCAUGUAAUCUUGAUACGUUGCUGCUCUUUUGAUCAAUAAAUCUGGAUGCAAGCAUGAGUUAAAGUUGCAUUUACAAGAGUGUAAAAUA